AUGAAAGGAGCUCGCGUCACCUCAUGGGGUUCUCCUCCAGAGUACAUCGAUGUUCCAGAUCUCCCCGAGCCUUCGUCUACACAGCUUCGUCUCCGAGUCCUAGCAGCUGGUGUCCCUCGUGCCGUCAAGGGCCGGGCUGCAGCUCAGCAUCCCAGCGCCUUCAACCAACCGCUACCAUAUGACCCCAGCAUUGAUGGCGUUGGACGACACGAGACCACGGGUGACCUCUACUUCAUAAACAGCUUGGCGGGCUCAAUCUUCGCGGAGUACGCCAACAUUGAUCGAGAUCAGCUGUACAAGCUCGACCCUGGCACCGACCCCACGGCCGUAGCUGCUCUGGCCAACAAUACGCUCAGCAGCUGGAUGGCUCUGCAAUGCCGAGCAAUCGGCGGCUGCAAAGACCGCACGGUCGUGAUUCUCGGUGCUACCAGCAACAGCGGGAGGUGUGCCGCCAAGGUCGCUCGCAUCCUCGGUGCCACGAAAGUGGUUGGCAUCUCCAGGAACUCCGAGACUCUAGCCAAGGUGGAGGGCCUAGACGAACGCAUCGUUCUCAAAGAUCCUCUCGAACUGCCACAAACGAUGGGUCCAACUCACAUCGUCCUGGACUUUGUCGGCGGUCCUGCUGCGAUUCAGCUGCUACAGUCGGCCGAGGCGGAUCCAGUUGCGAACUUGCAGUACAUCCAGACGGGUGGCUUGGCUGGUUGUGAGUUUCUCAAUGUCCCGGCGCGGCUGAUAAAUGUCAAGCCCAUUCGGAUCAUGGCCUCUGGGAUUGGUAGUCUCAGCCAAGAGGAGAUCACGAGAGAGCUGUCGGGGUUCGUGGGCGCUAUGGUCAAGCUGAAGACGCCUCCUUUCGAGGUCCUCGCUGCGCCGUUGAGUGAUGUGAAUUCGGUUUGGGAUUCGGACGAUGCUAAGACGAAAAGGCUUGUUCUACUUCCCUAG